GAAACUUCACAUAAAUGAUGUUACAAGGAAACACAAUGGGAGUGACCCAAAACCAUUAAGAAAUUAUGAAAAAUUCAAAAACUUGUGAUCACAUGGUUGUAUGGACUGAACUUGGACUUUUCUUCAAUCCUAUUGUUCAUUUUACAUUUCCAAAGCAGAUUCUUAUACAAUUUUUUAUUCAUUAAACGUAAUGAUGCUUCAAAUUCAAUGAGUUAACAGAAUAGUGUUGAAAGAAACUAUUGUUUUUGCCUCCAAGUAGGCAACUAUGCCUCCUAACACACAAGAGAAACAGAGAUUUAAUUUUCACUUAUGCCUAUAAAUACUCUUUCUAGAUUGCAUUCAACAAAUCUGUGUGUGAGAAAAAGUAAAUAAAAAAGAGAUGGUUUUGAUCAAAGAGAGAGAGAUGGAGAUUCCAGUUAUUGAUUUUGCAGAGUUGGAUGGAGAGAAGAGAAGCAAGACCAUGUCACUUCUUGAUCAUGCAUGUGAUAAGUGGGGAUUCUUCAUGGUUGAUAAUCAUGGAAUUGAUAAAGAGUUGAUGGAGAAAGUGAAGAAGAUGAUUAACUCUCACUAUGAGGAGCAUUUGAAAGAGAAGUUUUACCAGUCAGAGAUGGUCAAGGCUUUGAGUGAAGGCAAAACCUCAGAUGCAGAUUGGGAAAGCAGUUUCUUCAUCUCACAUAAACCAACUUCAAAUAUCUGUCAGAUCCCAAACAUUUCAGAGGAACUCAGCAAGACGAUGGAUGAAUAUGUUUGUCAACUGCACAAGUUUGCAGAGAGACUCUCCAAGCUCAUGUGUGAGAAUCUUGGUCUUGAUCAGGAAGACAUAAUGAAUGCCUUUUCUGGUCCAAAAGGUCCAGCUUUUGGAACAAAAGUGGCUAAAUACCCAGAAUGCCCACGUCCUGAGCUUAUGAGAGGGCUGAGAGAACAUACGGAUGCUGGGGGAAUCAUAUUACUCCUGCAGGAUGAUCAAGUGCCUGGUCUUGAGUUCUUUAAAGAUGGGAAGUGGGUUCCUAUACCGCCAUCCAAGAACAAUACCAUUUUUGUCAAUACCGGUGAUCAACUAGAGAUACUGAGUAAUGGGAGGUACAAGAGUGUUGUUCACCGUGUAAUGACAGUGAAGCAUGGAAGUAGACUGUCGAUUGCUACGUUUUACAAUCCGGCUGGUGAUGCCAUAAUAUCUCCAGCUCCAAAGCUCUUGUAUCCAAGUGGCUACCGUUUUCAAGACUACCUAAAGCUUUAUUCAACUACCAAGUUUGGAGACAAAGGCCCCAGACUUGAGACCAUGAAGAAAAUGGGAAAUGCGGAUUCAGCCUAGGAUGCAUCUGGAAUUUGACGCUUCUGUACUCACAUCAUAAAAACUUUGUCUUCUUCUUGUGUUUCCUUAUAAUUUAAAUAACCAGCCAUGUCAGAAUCUUGCUGAUUCAGCUAUACUACUUCACUCUUCUUUCUUCACUUCCACUUGAAAAGUUCCAAAGCCAAACUGAAGCAGUCUCAUCAAGCUCUGUGUCGAACUUGAGAUUAGACAAAGAGCUUGUAAUCUAAGCUCUAAGAUUGACAGUCAAUUUCAUGAUUUAUAAGAUGUAAUUCAACUCUUAACGUAAUCCACAACUCCGCCAUCAUCUCUUUCCAUAUUCUCUCUGAUUUGACUCAUUUCCUUCCCAAUUCCUAGAAUCAAACAAAUAGCAUUUCUAUAUCAGCAUCUAAAACUGAAAGCUAAGUGUGUAUUGACUCAAAAUUCUUCUCCAAUCGCAAUAAAAUCGAGAUGAGAAAAAUUCAUCCAUAUGUUUUGGUUCACACAUUCUAUCGAGCAGCUUGUGUGCAAUCCCAAUCCUCUGAACCAAAACAAAAGCUUAUCUCUUGACCAUUACCCGACAUUUCACUCAUCAGCCAACGACAAAUCCUGCUCCGAAACCUCUAAUGCUUGGAAAAGAAGAAAAUUCCGAUUUCCGAACAAUGGAACUUACUCCAUUUUGCAUUCUCUGUCGAAAGUAACAUACGUUCAAUGCAAAUGACCCAAAGUCGUCGGUGCCACGUGGAUAGUUCUCACUGGUUGAUGCAUUCGGUAACUCGCAGAAUGGAAGAAUAUUAACACAAAAGGCAUCUCGCGUAUCCACGUGUCCCGUUCAAGAUUCCAAAUUCUAAACCAAAAGCCGGUCCGACCAGAUUAACAAGUUCUCUUUAUUACAUCACAACCCAAAACUUGUUCAAAACCUAACUUUUCAUUGCUAAACAUAUUUUAUUCUGACAUUCACAUGUUAACUUUAAUCCAAUAUCUAAU